AUGGAGACCCAGGAGGGCUACGGCAGCGCCCCGCCCCAACACCACCGUGGCCCCAAGCGUCCCGACACGCUUGUUUAUGUCUGCUCCCAGUAUGCCCGGGGGGUGUUCGCCAUCUUUGGGCUGUACGACAAGCGCUCGGUGAACACGCUGACGUCGUUCUGCGGCGCGCUGCACAUCAGCCUCAUCACGCCCAGCUUCCCCACCGAGGGCGAGGCCCAGUUCACCCUGCAGCUGCGGCCCUCCAUCCGGGGGGCCCUGCUGUCCCUGCUGGACCACUACGACUGGAGCCGCUUCGUGUUCCUCUACGACACCGACAGAGGAUACGCUAUACUGCAAGCUAUUAUGGAGAGAGCAGGACAGAAUGGCUGGCAGGUGAGCGCUAUCUGUGUGGAGAGCUUCAACGAGGCGGCCUACCGGCGACUGCUCGAGGACCUGGACAGACGGCAGGAGAGGAAGUACGUCAUUGACCUGGAACCCGAGCGGCUGCAGAGCAUCCUGGAGCAGGCUGUCAGUGUGGGAAAACACGUGAAAGGUUAUCACUACAUUGUCGCCAACCUGGGCUUUAAGGACAUAUCUCUGGAGAGGUUUAUGCAUGGUGGAGCCAACGUGACCGGGUUUCAGUUGGUGGACUUCAGCAGGCCAAUGGUUAUUAAGCUGAUGCAGCGCUGGAACAAGCUGGACCAGAGGGAGUACCCAGGGUCUGACAGCCCCCCAAAAUACACCUCCUCUCUCACCUAUGACGGUGUGUUGGUGAUGAGCGAGGCCUUCCGAAACCUGCGGCGCCAAAAGAUAGACAUCAGCCGGCGUGGCAACGCAGGCGACUGCCUGGCCAACCCGGCCGCCCCCUGGAACCAGGGCAUCGACAUGGAGCGUACGCUCAAACAGGUGCGGAUUCAGGGCAUGACGGGGAACAUUCAGUUCGACCACUUCGGCCGCAGGGUCAACUACACCAUGGACGUGUUCGAGCUCAAGAGCAAUGGCCCACGCAAGAUUGGCUACUGGAAUGACAUUGACAAGCUGGUGUUGGUCCAAAAUGAGAACCCUCUGUCCAAUGACAGCUCGGCAAUGGAGAACCGGACCGUGGUCGUGACGACCAUCAUGGAAGGGCCCUAUGUGAUGCUGAAGAAGAACUGGGAGAUGUACGAGGGCAACGACCAGUUCGAGGGCUACUGCGUGGACCUGGCCCAGGAGAUCGCCAAGCACAUCGGCAUCAAGUACAAGAUCUCCAUCGUCCCCGACGGCAAGUACGGUGCCCGGGACCCCGAGACCAAGAUCUGGAACGGGAUGGUGGGAGAGCUGGUCUACGGGAAGGCAGAGAUAGCGGUGGCCCCACUGACCAUCACCCUGGUGCGCGAGGAGGUGAUCGACUUCUCCAAGCCCUUCAUGUCCCUGGGCAUCUCCAUCAUGAUCAAGAAGCCCCAGAAGUCCAAGCCAGGGGUCUUCUCCUUCCUGGACCCCCUGGCCUAUGAGAUCUGGAUGUGCAUCGUGUUCGCCUACAUCGGCGUCAGUGUGGUGCUGUUUCUGGUGAGCCGCUUUAGCCCCUACGAGUGGCACGCCGAGGAGCCGGAGGAGGGGGCCCCUGAGCAGGGCCCUAACGACCAGCCGCCCAACGAGUUUGGCAUCUUCAACUCCCUGUGGUUCUCCCUGGGGGCCUUCAUGCAACAAGGCUGUGAUAUCUCACCGCGGUCCCUGUCUGGCCGCAUCGUGGGGGGCGUGUGGUGGUUCUUCACCCUCAUCAUCAUCUCCUCCUACACGGCCAACCUGGCGGCCUUCCUCACCGUGGAGCGAAUGGUGUCCCCCAUCGAGAGCGCCGAGGACCUGGCCAAGCAGACGGAGAUCGCCUACGGCACGCUGGACUCCGGCUCCACCAAGGAGUUCUUUAGACGGUCCAAGAUUGCCGUGUAUGAGAAGAUGUGGUCCUACAUGAAGUCUGCGGAGCCCACGGUGUUCACCAAGACCACGGCGGAGGGGGUGGCGCGCGUUCGCAAGUCCAAGGGGAAGUACGCCUUCCUCCUGGAGUCCACCAUGAACGAGUACACGGAGCAGCGCAAGCCCUGCGACACCAUGAAAGUGGGCGGCAACCUGGACUCCAAGGGCUACGGGAUAGCCACGCCCAAGGGCUCACAGUUAAGAAACGCGGUCAACCUGGCCGUGCUUAAGCUCAACGAGCAGGGCCUCUUGGACAAAUUGAAAAACAAGUGGUGGUAUGACAAAGGAGAGUGUGGCAGCGGGGGAGGGGAUUCCAAGGACAAGUCCUCUCAGGCCCUGAGCCUGUCCAACGUGGCGGGGGUCUUCUACAUCCUGGUGGGCGGCCUGGGCCUCGCCAUGCUGGUGGCGCUGGUCGAGUUCUGCUACAAGUCGCGGGCCGAGGCCAAGCGCAUGAAGCUGACUUUUUCGGAAGCCAUGCGCAACAAGGCCCGUCUCUCGAUCACAGGAAGCGUGGGGGAGAAUGGGCGUGUCCUGACGCCGGACUGCCCCAAGGCUGUGCAUGUUGGCCACGCCUCCCUCCGACACCAGGGCCUUGCGGUUGUCUCCUCUGGCCUGCCCUGA